GAGAGCAAACCAACCAUAAAGCUCACUAGUCUUUACAGCCAUUAGAGCUUUCUCUCUGUAUUCUCAUUCCUCCAUUCUUUGAAUUGAGAAAGCCAACAAUGGCAGCUUCAGCAACACUCUCUGGUACCAUGGUUAGCACUUCCUUCUUCCGAAGGCAACCUGUAACAAGCCUUCGUUCUCAUCCUAAUGUUAGCCAAGCUCUCUUUGGACUCAAGGCUGGUCGUGGCAGGAUAACAGCCAUGGCUACUUACAAAGUAACGCUUGUUACACCUGAAGGCUCGAAAGAAAUCGAAUGCCCAGAUGAUGUGUACAUUCUUGAUGCGGCUGAAGAAGCUGGAAUCGAUCUCCCUUACUCAUGCCGUGCAGGUUCUUGCUCCUCAUGUGCAGGAAAGGUUAAGGAAGGGAAGGUGGAUCAAUCAGAUGGUAGUUUCCUUGAUGAUGAUCAGAUUGACCAAAAAUGGGUUCUUACCUGUGUUGCCUAUCCACUAUCUGAUGUGGUUGUUGAGACUCACAAGGAGGAAGAGCUCACUGAAUGAUCAUCUCUCUCUGUUUCAAUGGAAGUUGCCCUCUAGAGGGAGUCUCUGUCACUUUUUUUUUUUCUUCUUCUUUCUUUAUAUUUCUUUUUUAAUGAUCUAGUUCGGUUUGUAUGAGUGUUAUGUCGUUUCUGAUAGAGUAAUUUAGUGUUUUGUAAUUGCAAACAAGAUUCUUGUUAUCUUUUCUUUAGAU